AGCCAGCCGCCUUGCCAGCAGCUUCACUACAAGCCCUAUUAUCAAAACUCACAAAUAUAUAUAUAUAUAUACAUACAUACAUAUAUACAUAUAUAUCCAUAUAUAUUCAUUCCUCCCGAAUGCUACUGAUCAAAGCACCCAACUUCCAUCUCACGUUAUCUCCCUCUAUAAAUAUCAGCCCCCAUCCAAACCUUUCUUCACUCUUCUUCUUGGUCUUCUUCUGUUGCUCCAUUGAUUACUUAAUCCAUUGUUAUCAUCUCGGCGCAGUUCUUCGCUUGCUUUCUUAUGGGUGAUCAUAACAACGUGAAUCUCCCACCCGGGUUCAGAUUCUAUCCCACAGACGAAGAGCUCGUCGUCCAUUUCCUUCACCGGAAGGCUUCUCUUCUCCCAUUCCAUCCCGAUGUCAUCCCCGAUCUCGAUCUCUAUCCCUAUGAUCCCUGGGACUUGGAUGGGAAGGCCAUGGCGGAGGGCAACAAAUGGUACUUCUUCAGCAGGAAGACGCAGAACAGGAUCACCGGCAAUGGGUACUGGAAGGCAUUCGGUGGAGAUGAACCAAUAUUCUCCAGCGCUUGCAAGAAAGUUGGGUUGAAGAAAUUCUAUGUCUUCCACAUCGGGGAAGCUCCAUCUGGGGUCAAAACUAAUUGGAUAAUGCAGGAGUACAGGCUGCCGGAUUCUUCUGUUUCCACCAGCCGAUCUUCGAAACGACGAGGAAAUUCAAAAGAGGAUUAUAGUACCUGGGUGUUGUGUCGGGUUUACGAGCACAACUAUGACGAUGACAAUGACAAUGACAGCAACGAACUCUCCUGUUUGGAUGAAGUUUUUUUAUCAUUGGAUGAUUUCGAUGAGAUUAGUUUGCCUAAUUAAUUAGAUCUAUUAACUCUUAAAGAUCUAAUUAAAUUAAUUUUUUUUU